AUUGGCCACCUCAGAUUCUCCGUUUGCGCGUUCACAGUUUUCCAAUUCUCCGUCGCGAGUUACGUAGACAGCGUCAACCUCCUCCCACGACGGCGGGAAUAUCCCUGUAACCCUUUACGCAAAUGGCGUAGCGACAAAGGCAGCGAGACCGAAACCUGUGGGGAAAGAAUAAAAAAAAAGCAAUUCGGUAUCAUCGCACUCCGUACUCACGGACCACCGUUUUCUGAGGCGAAGACACCGACAUUUGAACGGCGACGAGGGCGGAUUGUUGAGCCUGCGCUCGGCCGCCGACUUCGUGGAAGAAGACUGUGUCUUUCCAUUGGACCGUCUUGUAGGCUAGCGUAUAGCGAGGGAGCCGCCAUGGCAGUCGGAUCACUGAGCCUCCACAUCGGGAUAUGAAGAGGAGCUACAUGUGUGCCGAGUCGUCAAGAAACCGCCACGUUUCUCUCUGAUCCGCACCGGAUCGGCUCCCGUCACACCCGAACUCACUAGUCUUCAUCUUUGCGAAACCGAUUCCCACCUCCAGAGGAAUAUAUCGCGGUUGGUUUUUAACCGGGGGGCCACAGGGAGAGGCCAGAUUCAUGACUAUUUCAGUCGGAGACGUGUCUUCAAAGGCCCGCUGAAAGAAAAGCUGGAAUAUAAAGGAAGAAGCGAUGCUCUGAUUGACUGCUGCCAGGAAAGAAACGGGACAGUUUUUAUUAUUAGGUGAUAACGAACUAGUGUGUGAAGGAUCGUUGGGAUAAAGGGGGUCUCCCUCUCCGUCUGCCCUCCCCCUGUGAAUUAUACUGUGAUAAUUAAUUUACUGGCUACUCGUCUUUGGAUGAGAAGGGUGCGAAUCGACCAGUCCCACCGUUCAGCGAGUCGCAGAGUACUGAGAGUCGAGAGAACCGAAGGGAGGAUCGGAUCAUGUCGGGUCGGCCCAGGACCACAUCCUUCGCGGAGAGCUGCAAGCCAGUGCCGCAGCCCUCUGCCUUCGGCAGCAUGAAAGUCAGCAGGGAUAAGGAUGGAAGCAAGGUCACAACAGUUGUAGCCACUCCGGGCCAAGGCCCGGACCGGCCACAGGAGGUGAGCUACACGGACACUAAGGUUAUUGGCAACGGCUCAUUCGGCGUUGUCUACCAGGCCAAACUCUGCGACUCCGGAGAGCUGGUGGCCAUUAAGAAGGUCCUGCAAGACAAGAGGUUUAAGAACCGCGAGUUGCAGAUCAUGAGGAAGUUGGACCACUGCAACAUCGUCCGCCUGCGUUACUUCUUCUACUCCAGUGGUGAUAAGAAAGAUGAAGUUUAUCUGAAUUUGGUCCUGGACUAUGUUCCUGAGACCGUCUACAGAGUGGCAAGACACUACAGCCGAGCCAAACAGACCCUGCCCAUGGUUUUUGUCAAGUUGUACAUGUACCAGCUGUUCAGGAGCCUGGCCUACAUCCACUCGUUUGGGAUCUGCCAUCGGGACAUCAAACCCCAGAACCUGCUGCUGGAUCCAGAAACCGCUGUGCUCAAGCUCUGUGACUUUGGCAGUGCUAAGCAGCUGGUCCGUGGGGAGCCAAAUGUGUCCUACAUCUGCUCUCGCUACUAUCGAGCCCCUGAGCUCAUCUUUGGUGCAACUGACUACACCUCCAGCAUAGACGUGUGGUCAGCUGGCUGCGUAUUGGCGGAGCUGUUGCUAGGGCAACCAAUCUUUCCGGGUGACAGUGGAGUGGAUCAGUUGGUCGAAAUUAUCAAGGUUCUCGGGACCCCAACCCGAGAGCAGAUCCGUGAGAUGAACCCCAACUACACCGAGUUCAAAUUCCCCCAGAUCAAGGCACACCCUUGGACUAAGGUGAGUCAACAGGUGUUCCGGCCGCGCACGCCUCCAGAGGCCAUCGCCCUGUGCUCUCGUCUGCUGGAGUACACGCCCACGGCUCGCCUCACGCCUCUGGAGGCCUGUGCACACUCCUUCUUCGACGAGCUGCGCGAACCCAAUGUCAAGCUGCCCAACGGGAGAGAGAAGCCCUCCCUCUUCAACUUCACCACCCAAGAAUUAUCCAGUAAUCCCUCUUUGGCCUCCAUACUCAUCCCUGCCCAUGCCCGCAGCCAGGCCGCCGCCUCUACCCCAACCAACGCCUCUGCCACCACAGAUCAUCUCCUCUUCCUGACCACAGACGGUAGCAGCACAGAGCGAGGUCCCAGCACCACCACGGCCUCGGCCUCGGCCUCCAACUCCACCUCCUGAGCACACAGACCACCCGCCCCACCCGGCCUCAGCCCCAGCCCCGCGGCCUCUCCAUUGCCUCCACGGCCAGAGGGGUGAGCUCUGCCCUGCUCUCCUCCCUGACACCAGCGGAGCGAUGCUGACGCAGUCUGGGUUCAACAGCUAGACAACAGCCCCCAAAUGCAACCACAAACACAAACCGAGCAUCCCCGAUCUCCCCCCUUUUGGCCCCCCUCAUCCGGCUGUGAACUCCAACUCCAUCCCCCAUCAAAGACGUCUCUCCGUGCUCUUUCAGCGGGGAAGCAAAGCGCAGGGCCAAAGGUGUUGUCGACUGUACUAUUGAUGAAAGUACACUGUACAUGUAUACACAAUGCUAGCCUGCUAAUGUUUGUAAGAGGACAAUCUGUAGAAAAAAAAGUCCUAAGCUGUUCCCCUUGGCCCCCUCCCCAACUCCGUUUGUCCUCCCCUGCCUUGUUCCAUUAUACUGCAUCUUCAUCCUAUGAUCUCUGCCUCCCCCCUCUUCCCUCCCUCCCUCCCUCCCCAGGUUCCUCCUGUAGUGCAUGGCCUGAGUAUGGUUAGGAUCAUGUGGGGGGUCACCACGCCCCUCACUUCUCACCUCCACUUCUGCAAACAAGGCAUGAGGCUCACGCACGCGUAAACACACAUACACUCAAACACACACACACGCACACACACGCACACACACACACACACACGGAUGCAUGACGAUCCUGAUGUAUGUGAGGAAAAAAGCAGUCCACGUGUGGAGAUAAUGUAUGUUUUAAUUUUAAAUUUUUUUUGCCUGGGGUUUGUUUUUAAAUGGUGAGCAAGCUGUUUUACUUGACUUUGUUCUUAAUUUUUUGUUUUAUACUCCCUGGGCUGAUGUUUUUUUUUGGAAUCGCCAUGUGCGAUGGAUGUGACAUGUAUCUGGUCCCGUGUGCUUGUAUAAUAUAUAUACAUACAAAUACAAAAAACAAACACGCAUACAUACACAGUUUAUAUAAUACUUUUCCUUAUGUAUAAAAAGUAUAUAUAGAUAUAUGUAUAUUAACUACGAUGGUUCAGAAAUCAAUUACGGUGAGCUCAUAUCUGGCAGAGCAGCGGCAAUAUUUGCAGCUGCCUAAAGACAAUAGAGUUAGAUAUGGUGGCGUUUCGUUUUUUUUUCCCGUUUGUCACUGGAGUGCGGUUGGAUUCCAGCAAUCACUUCUUUGUUCUCCUGUGUUGUCUGUAUUAAGGCUGUAGCUGAAUUUAGGGCAUCGCUCUAUUCCCCGACUUUAUACCGACUCGUGUUUUUUCUGUGACGGUGCAGGGACGAGACACCCCCCCCCCCCCCCACCCCGGUCUUGAUCGUCCUCUUUGACUCUGUGAAGGACUCUUCUUAACACUUUUUCUUCCCUCGACUCUUCAAGGAAGCUCAGCGGCGAUCUCUCGCCAGCUCGCCACUGACCUCCUCGUGCGUUGUGACCACUGGCUGACGUGUUAGCCUAGCGCCCUUUCUCCUAUACCUGCCGCACAUAGAGCCAUUAGGUACAGUCCGUCGAAGCAUCUUAUUUACAGAGAAUACUCUCUACAUUAAAAAAAAGAAGAAGAAGAAAUAAAUGAAUAAAUAGAAAAGCAGAAUUUGUAUAUACAGUAUAAAUGCUCCUCACCAAAAUUCUGACUUGUAUGUUGUUGUUUUUUUUAUGUUAUGUUGACUAUUUUUCCAUGUUGUGUUCAAGGUAUGUAUAUAUGCAGACCCAUGUACUGUUUAUGAGCAAAAACAAAGAUGACAAAGGGUAGGCGAAAAUAUUAAGAAAAAAAAAGAUAAAACUGAAUCAGGGCAAAACUGAUGUUGUUUAUGGAUAUUGUCGACGAUGAUGAUGAUCAGCUUUAUCCAGCCAUAUGUUCAAUCUUACCUGUACAGUACAGUAGAUGACAGCUGUAUUAUUGUAACGAGAACUAGUCAUGUAUAGUGUAACUAUAGUUUGGAGUGCCUUUGCUUUCAUACACCUUCGCCUUGUUCCCCCCCUCACCAUGUCGUCCCCCCCUCAUAUUGUGACUCUCCCUUUGGUGCUGUUGAAUGUCCUGCUAUCCUGCAACACACACACACGUGCACACAUACGCUCUUCCACUUGAUUUCAGCGCCCACCCCUCUUCCUUCUCUCCCACUCUUUCUUUCCUUUUCAUUAUGUGUCACAUACAGACAUUAUUAAUUGUAAGGAUAUUUUUCUUUAACUGAAGAUAAAUGGGUGUUUAUUUUAAUAGGUGUUUUAUCCCGGACACACAUUCACACGCACACACACACACGCACACACACACACGCACACACACACACACACACACACACACACACACACACACACACACACACACACAAAAACAUGUACUACCCCACAGUCCUGGCACGGACUCCCGGGCAUGAAGUGUGUGUGUGUGUGGCGGCGGGGGGUUAUGGAUGGCAGCAGGGGUAGACAAAACAAGGCCUCAUAUACUGUAUAUAAAUACAAUACAGUACAGUUUCUGUAUUACAGCGUUGGUUCUGUUACCAAAGCCAAACCAUGAUGUAGUCGUGAUGAGCCAUCCUCAGAGGCAAUAACGUAUUUUGACUCUCUUCUUCUCUCUGGGUAUUUUUGUUAUAUCUCUUGUCCUCUUGCUCGUCUCUCCUCUCUGUCAUAUUCAGGGGUGGUGGGGAGGGGGAUUCAGUAGCACCUAAAGGGGUCGAGUCAUGUAGCCUUUCUCCUCUCUCUCUAUUGCUCUCUCCUGCUUGCUGUAAUUUUGCAUUCAUGAACGUGUUGCUAUACCCUCCACCAGAAAGUCUGACCACUUCACCCUGCCCCCAACUCCAGUUCAAUGAAAACGCCCACAAAAGCUACCAAAAAAGAAGACAAGCAAGUAUAUAUGGUAGUAUAUUAUUAUUAUUAUUAUUAUACUAACAUAUAUACUAGUUUGAUGCUAACUGGGUUUAACUGGGGCUAAAUUAAAAGAAAAAUAAUAGAAAAUACAACAAAAAACAUCCUGUAUAACAGUACUACUACUUGAAUGCCUCUGUUUGUGACUGAAGUUUUUAUUUCAUUUGUUUGUUUUUGUUUGUUUUUUUCUUUUGUUCUGUGAAGGUAUGCUAAAUGUGCACCCCUGUAAAUACCCCCCCCUGCGUGCUCUGAGGAAUAGUCCCCUGGUACUGUAAUUUGCAUUAAAUAAAGAGUAGGAUAGCCUGGAAAUGAUAAAAAAAAAAUCACUGUCUGUUACACCUUCUUAAAGUCAGCGUGCUUAUGUCUCUUCUUGAUACUGCUCAAAUUGCAAUUUUAGUUGCUAGUGCCUCAAAUAUUUUCAGAAGAAUGUAAUUUUGCUCGUACAAAUACAAUCAAAUGUUCACA